UGUGGACCACCCUGAGGGCAAUAGAGAUGAAGUGUUUUGUAGGAAAUUUCCCUUAGUUACAAAAAAUAUUUCUGAUUCUUAAAAUGUGUUUUCUUCCAAACCAGUUCUUCAUAGGCUGAAUAUGAAAGGUUGCUAAAAGGUUCAGCUUUGUUUUUUGCAAAAUAAUUCUUUGGUCCUGGUAAUGCAGCACUGAGAAGAAGUGUAAAUACGGAGACUUGAAGAAGUCAACACCAGAAUUGAGCUCUGGAUUCAAGCAUCAUACUUAGCAGGUAAUUGCAAUGACCAAGGUGGAACAUUCAGAUUUAGAUCCAGGCUCUCUAAUAUGCUUUGUCUGGGAUACGGAAAGCAUCUUCCUUUAUUAGGUUACUUUCCUGAUGAACAUUAACAUUUCAUGCUUUGAAGGUUUAUUGUGUUGGCUGGAAUUAUACCUUUAUAUACGCACAGUCCCUAUGGAAUAGCCUGAUCUCCUUUCAUCGUUAUUAGUAAUUCUAGGCUUGUCAUUUCCUGUUCACGCAGUCUGGACUUGGCUGUGUUGUUGCAGGAUGGUUGAUACGGCGCACAGGAAAUGUACUGUUUUUUCAGAUCUCAGACUGUUCAUGAGUAUUCUUUUCAGGGGCUUCAGUUUUAUUGCCCCGAAGUCCAUUUCCUACAUGUAGCACGCUUUAACAAAUUACAAACAAACAAGUCAGUGAAAGUUCACACUAAGAAUAGAAGCUGGAAGAGAAAAGUUCAGUUAUGUGACCUUCUUCAGGAGCUGGAUACAAAAUAGACCUGCUGUUUUUUCUUUUAAUUUGCAGUCCAGGCUGAAAAGAAUUUGAAUAGUUCCCAAAGAAACCCAGGCCCUUCUGUUUGUUCCUACGAAUCUCCAGAAAUGCUUUAUUUGUUAGUUGACAUCCUGAGUAUGCUGAUAGGGAAAUAAACUUAAUUUGGUUUCCUAAUUUCCCUGAAUUUUUGCAUUGCUAUCUCAUUCGGUAAUGUUUAAAGAAUUGCCAGCCACGAAGAGAACAAAAUGUUACUGAUACAUUGCCUUAAAAUUAAAGCAAAUUAAGAUCAUCAAAUGGAAAACACCAUGUAACUGUCAGUCUCUGCUUGCUAUUGCUCUGCAGAAGUACGUUUGGGACUGGAAGGUAAUCACUAAGAAGAGGUUUGUGAGGCCUUGGUCACAAAAACAGACACAGUGCUACACCAAUGACUGCAGGACAAACAGUAACAUAACAGACUGGUUAUCCAGGCUUUUUUAAACGCCCUUCCUUUCAAAUGAUGGCAUUUCUUCUCUUUCACAUUCUUUUGUUUUUUAAUGUGCUGUCGUCCCUAAUUUGAACUGAUCUUGGAAAUGCCCCCCAAAGACUGAAGGCCUCAAGGCCUUCUGCCUCAAGGAGCCCCAUCCCUCACAGCAGCAGUGAGAUGCCCUGUGCCCCAUCAGCAUCGCUGCACCGUUUGGGUUAAAAAAGGCACAGUCACAUCUCAGAAUGCCGUGAUGACACCCGACUGUCCCUGUGCACUUUCUGUUUAAAGUUAAAUAUUAGACACUCUCUCCACGUUAUUCUUUUUUUGGCCUAAAGGGCUUAAUGUUUAACUGAGAACAGCAAACAGCUGUAGAUGUGCAGCGCUGAACGUUGUUAUAUCCUCUAGAAGAUUCAAAAAGCAGUGCUUAUAAUCGGUGUGAUGUGUCAAGAUGUGUGUGGCCCAUUCCUGGGCUCGGUAGCUGUUAUUUUCAAUCAAUGAAGUGCCAAUAUUCUGCAUUUCAGUAACAUUUUGAAGGAGAUGCAAUGGCCAGUGCUGCAGAGACCAUGAGUAGGAGGAGGGUGGCUGUGGGGCUCAUGCAGUUUCUCUUCAGGUGUUCUUUUCUUCUCUUAGAUCCAGGCCUUAACGUUUUCUAGCCUUUAUUGGACAUUAACUGCAGUUUGGGGAUGAUUUUCUGAUGACAUUUGAAUCUCAAAUCCAUCUUGAGGGCAAAAUUAUUUUUUUUACUCCUGGCUCACGAUCAGAGUCUCGCUGCAACUAAAAUGGGCAUGCACACAUCCGUGAAAACUAUUGUCAUUUUAUGAUCUCCUUCCUAUUUCUAAGCCUUUUUGUUGAAUGCUGUCGUCAUAAAAAGCUCCUAAAGAUGUUCUUCUUUUAGAUUAGUUAUUUCUGAGGCUGUGGAGCUGCCCCAGAAGUGAGAAGUGACCUGGCACGACCACAUCCAUGCUUCUUUAACCCUUUGGGGCACCUCAGGUUUAACCACUGGACAACCUGAGGGCAUCAACCCCCCCCUGGGCCACCAUAGUGGGGAGGCUGGGGAGAAAGGGGAGUGGCCACCAGGACCCAGCAAGGGUAAAGUCCAAGGGGCUGCGUGCCCGACAACCUCUGUGUGUGCCCAACAGCCAGGACAUGGAGGGAGAGCUGGAGUCACUGGAGUCGUGCCUGGAGAGGCACAUCCCACCCCCCGACCUGGCCGAGGUGAAGCGCAUCCUCUAUGGGGGUGAGACGAGAAAACUUAGCUUGCCAGCGGCUGCUCUAUCAUCUGCUCAACAGAGAGAUUUUGAACUCCAGGGCUAUGGAUUUGAUGCUGCUGCAGAGCAACUGAGAAGGCCGCGUAUCGUUCGAGUAGGGCUGGUGCAGAACAAAAUUCCUCUUCCCACCGACACAGCUGUGGCAGUGCAGGUGGCUGCACUGCACAGACGAAUUGAGGAGAUUGUGGAAGUAGCUGCAAUGUGUGGGGUCAACAUCAUUUGUUUCCAGGAGGCUUGGACCAUGCCCUUUGCUUUUUGUACAAGAGAGAAGCUUCCUUGGACUGAAUUUGCUGAGUCAGCAGAGGAUGGGAUGACAACAAAGUUCUGUCAAGAGCUGGCAAAGAAGUACAAUAUGGUUGUGGUGUCUCCAAUCCUGGAGCGAGAUGAAAUACAUGGAGGAACUCUGUGGAAUACUGCAGUGGUCAUUUCUAAUUCAGGAGCUCUCCUUGGCAAAAGUAGGAAAAACCACAUUCCGAGAGUUGGAGAUUUUAAUGAGUCUACUUACUACAUGGAAGGAAAUACAGGACACACAGUAUUUCAGACACAGUUUGGAACAAUUGCUGUGAAUAUCUGCUUCGGGCGCCAUCACCCCCUGAACUGGCUCAUGUACAGUUUGAAUGGAGCAGAGAUCAUCUUUAACCCUUCAGCCACCAUCGGAACGCUCAGUGAGUCCCUGUGGCCAAUUGAAGCACGAAAUGCUGCCAUAGCUAAUCACUGCUUUACAUGUCCCAUCAACAGAGUGGGAACGGAAUACUACAAAAACGCCUUUACUUCUGGGGAUGGUGGAGAAGCACACCAUGACUUGGGCCAUUUCUAUGGCUCAAGUUACGUAGCUGCACCAGAUGGCAGCAGGACCCCAGGACUCUCUCGUACUCAGGAUGGACUUCUUGUUGUAGAGAUGGAUCUAAAUCUUUGCAGACAAGUCAGUGACAAAUGGAAUUUUAAGAUGACUGGUAGAUAUGAAAUGUAUGCAGACAAGCUUGCUGAAGCAGUCCAACCUUGUUUUACACCCAACGUAAUCGGAGAGUAAGAGAGAUCAGCUCAAUACAAUCAAAUGGAACAUAGCAAAUGAAAAGGUACAACUUGGCAUUGAUUUGCUAUGAAUUACAAGUUGUUAUUUUCAUGUUACUUUAAUUCUCUGCAAAUAUUAAGGUUCAAAACUAUGCGAAGUAAAAUAAUUUCAAAAUGGGUUCCAUUUGUUAGUUCUUUUUUGUUUACAACUUCGUUCCUUAUUAGAACUCUAUUCAAUGAAGAAUACAUCGAUACCAAAUGAUGAUGGCAUUUGUAUUGCACACACACUGUAUUGUGUACAGGGUUGCAUAGUUUGAUGGGGAGGAGAUAAAAAAAAUUUUUUUACACAUGCUUUUUAAUAUGUUGAG